AUGAUUGACGGGAGCACUAUCGCAGCCAUUCUCACCGGCAUCCUCGCUCUCAUUGGCGCACUCGCGUCUGCAUGGAUGUCUGGAUGGAACGAACAACGCAUGCAGUCUCGUGCAAACGAAAAAACACUUGCCCGAUACUCAGUACCUCUUCUGAUCGCAGCUUGGGAUCUUGCUAAUUGGUUUUACGACAUCACUGAGUAUGAGAACUAUAAGCCAUCACGAUGCGCUGCAUACGGCGAUGGCUGGAGUCCCAAAUUCACCUCAUACCUACUUGGCCAAUACUUUGCUGGCGUUCACAUAAUCCGCGAGAUGACGCAUUUCUUUGCACACAUAAAGGGUCCAGAGGCCGAAAAGCUGAAGAAACUGCUUUGGAAGAUUCAAGACGAGUUCGUAUCUAUGAACUACGAAGGACGAGAGAGCCUAGAGAUGCGCUGGUUUGAGGGUGACAUACUGGCUGUGCAAGAGCAUAUGACGGAAGAGGUUGAUCAUGAUGGCGAUGGGACUGCACAGGAAUUACGGACAAUUGGUUGGGUUGAGUUCCAGAAGGCCUACGCACCAGCUUCUGAGCCUGAAAAUGAGAACUCGCCCGAACUGUACAAGCUUUUUGAUUGGUACGAAGUCGAGUUCCAACGCGUCAUUUACCGCCGCUUCAAAUGGCUAUAUAGGCAUGUACACACAGCGGAUAAUCCUCAGGAUUAUGGGAAAACGAAGGAGAAGCUCGAAAAAGCAAGGAUUAAGAAGAAGCAGGAGAUAGAGGAAGUAAUGAUCAACAACGAUCGUGAACGUGCUGAAUCUCGAGAUUAUGGGACUCCAAAGGAUAAGUUCGAAGAAGAAGAAGAAAAACAGAGGAGGAAGUUGGAGAAAGAGAAAAAGGAAGAGCUGGCCACGAUCAAAAAGACGAUCGAAAAGCUGGACGCCGAGGAAAAGGAGAUCAACGAGGAGCGAGAAAAGUACCCAAACGUUAGCGUCAUAGUCCCCGAUCACCGAGUCCGACGUCUCCAACACCUGCUGAGCGAUCUUGUGGAAUUGCUAGACACAGUUUCUACUAUGAAACUCAAUCGUCCGGUGCGGAGGUGCGAGAUGAGUUACGACAGGGUAUCCGUGAUAAAAUAUGGAGAAUUCGCAUUCGAUCACCAGAAAAACCCGUCGGGCCUGGAUACCGGAGACCGUGUCCCUUGCGACUGUAGUUCUUUAUACUGCAAUCCAACCCAGACAGACAACAAAGAGCGGCAACUUCCAACCAAAGAAAAGCCGAGUCGCCUGACGUGGCGGAAGUUUUUGAAGCCCUCCAGCCAGAAAAUAGCCAGGCAAGAUACUGCUUCUACGCAGAGGAAGACUAUCGUUGAACAGAGCAAAGUUUGA